UUUAAUGAACCAAUAUUAAACAGCCUUAUGUCGUACGAGUUGGCAAGACUGUUAAUUAUUUUGACAGCUGCUUAUUUUCUAAAUUUCAACAAAAGAAAACGGAGAAAGGAUUUUGUUGUUUUUAUUAUUUUAGUGCUGUUUGUUGGUGACAGCAGCGAAAUAAAUGGAAAGAAUUUUUGCUUUAGUUAUAUUUAUAAUCGUGCAAAAAAAAUUGAUUUGAAAGAAAAAAGACUGUCAACGCGUUGUUCUAAAUUGUUAUGUUUUGUAAAGACUUGAAGAAAAAAAAAGAAUUAUGCGUACAUGCGGUGCAAAUAUGCAAAGUGAGUGUGGUUGUGAAAAUCGUCAUUGUGUCGUACGUAGUUGUCUCGUAGUUAGUCGACUCGUGUAAUUUGAAAAUAGAAAAUUCAUUAGUGGGGCCAGUUUACUGUUACUAAUAAAAUAAAAAAAAGUAAAAAAAAGCUUCAACAACAAAGUAUAGCAAGAAAUCCAAUUUUAACGGUUUGCGGCAAAUGAACAGAAAAUAACAUAAUUCUGAGCUAAUUUUUGCUCUUUGCAAAUACAAAUAUAUAAACGGAAAUUUCGUUAAAACAAAGAAGUUAAUCAGUGAGUAAAUUGUCGUUUAUAGUGGCAAGACAAUAAUAAUAAUAAUAAUAAUAAUUAAGCGACAUCACAAAUCAAAAUCAAUUGCUCUCAUCGAUAUAUAAAAAUUACGGCGUUAAAGUGGCUAUAAAGUAAUGGCAUUAGCGCGUAAAUUAACAGAAAGAAUAUAUGAAAUAAAGGCUCAUAAUGGUAAUGUUAAUUGUUUGGAUGUCGGUGAAACCGGUCGUGUCUUAGUAACCGGAGGUCAGGACCGCAAUGUCAACCUCUGGGCCAUUGGCCAAACAGAAUGCUUUAUGUCGCUAACUGGACAUAAUCGGCCCAUAGAUUGCGUACGUUUUGCUUACAAUGAUGAUUUUGUUUACUCAGCCGACGAUAUUGGUAUUAUAAGGAGAUGGGAUUUAAACGCUCAAACAAUUUGCUCUACCUUAAAUGGACACAUGAAAAGUGUUCGCACAUUAGAUUUUAAUCCGUCCGGUGAAUAUGUGGUUUCUGGUAGCAAUGAUACCACAGUCAGGUAAGUGUAUUAUUUAUCGUCUAUCUUCAGUUAAUCAUAUUUUCAUCUUUUCAUCAUACAAGAUUAUACGCUAUAUUAAAUUAUUAAAUUGUUGCAUAAAUACUUCAGAAAAUUAACAUAUGUACAUUUGAGAUACACUUGUUGUAUUGAAAGAUUUUUCUUUCUAUUUUUUAUAUACAUCGGUAGUAGGUUGAGUUUGUUAUAAUGCAAUUAAAGCAAUAUUUAUGGUU